AUGAGAGAAAUUGUUCAUAUUCAGGCUGGCCAGUGUGGAAACCAGAUUGGUGCCAAAUUCUGGGAAGUGAUUAGUGACGAGCAUGGCAUUGAUCCCACGGGGACCUACCAUGGAGACAGUGACCUGCAGCUGGACAGGAUCAACGUUUACUAUAAUGAAGCGACAGGAGGCAAAUAUGUGCCGCGUGCUAUUCUUGUGGACUUGGAACCAGGCACCAUGGACUCUGUGAGAUCUGGACCGUUUGGCCAGAUAUUUCGACCUGACAAUUUUGUGUUUGGUCAGAGCGGUGCUGGUAACAACUGGGCCAAAGGUCAUUACACCGAGGGAGCUGAGGUGGUGGACUCGGUCCUGGAUGUUGUGCGCAAAGAGUCGGAAAACUGCGACUGCCUGCAAGGUUACCAGCUCACACAUGCUCUCGGCGGUGGAACAGGAUCAGGCAUGGGAACCUUGCUCAUCAGCAAGAUCCGUGAGGAAUACCCCGAUAGGAUCAUGAAUACGUUCAGCGUGGUGCCUUCGCCUAAGGUGUCCGACACGGUGGUGGAGCCGUACAACGCCACCCUGUCCAUCCACCAGCUGGUUGAGAACACGGAUGAAACCUACUGUAUCGACAACGAGGCUCUCUACGACAUCUGUUUCCGCACGCUCAAGCUGACCACGCCCACUUACGGAGACCUGAACCACCUGGUCUCCUCCACCAUGAGCGGAGUCACCACCUGCCUACGCUUCCCGGGUCAGCUCAACGCCGACCUCCGAAAACUGGCCGUCAACAUGGUGCCUUUCCCCCGUUUGCACUUCUUCAUGCCGGGCUUUGCCCCCCUGACCAGCAGGGGGAGCCAGCAGUACCGAGCUCUAACCGUGGCCGAACUCACCCAGCAAGCGUUCGACGCCAAGAACAUGAUGGCGGCGUGUGACCCGCGUCAAGGCCGCUACUUGACCGUGGCCACCAUUUUCCGGGGGCGCAUGUCCAUGAAGGAGGUGGACGAGCAGAUGCUCAACGUGCAGAACAAGAACAGCAGCUACUUUGUCGAGUGGAUCCCCAACAACGUCAAGACCGCCGUCUGCGACAUUCCUCCCCGCGGCCUCAAGAUGGCCGUCACCUUCAUCGGCAACACCACCGCCAUCCAGGACAUGUUCAAACGUAUCUCUGAGCAGUUCACAGCCAUGCUGCGUCGGAAGGCUUUCCUGCACUGGUACACGGGCGAAGGCAUGGACGAGAUGGAGUUCACCGAAGCCGAGAGCAACAUGAAUGAUCUGGUGUCCGAGUACCAGCAGUACCAGGACGCCAGUGCGGAGGAUGAAGGGGAAGGCGAGGAGGAUGCCGAAGAAGAUUAAGCGUAUUAUUACAUUAUUAGUAUUAUGCCUUCUUUUGUUCUAAAUAUUGUCUCACAUGAACAAGUUCACCAGAUUUCAGUCAUGCUAAUUAUGCAAAUUGCUUUAAACUAGUUGGUAUCGUUAUUAAUUAGGCUCUUGUGUAUCAACUAUAUACAAAUUGAUCAUGCGCCAUGCGUAGGGCCAUGCCAGCCAUUGGGCAGGAAGGGGCAUUUUACGUGAAUAAUUCAUUAAUUAAGGGGCGCUUCAUCUGAAAUUUUACCGCAAACAUAUUUCGAGCCCCUUCCUGCUCCGUCACUGAUAAGAUAUAAUGUCAAACUUCCCAACACAAAUGCAACUAGCUCCUGUGGGGUACAGUGUUAGUCAUUUUAUUGUGAGACAGGUACUGAGCUCGAAUCUUGGUCUGACCUGAGUUAGGAAGGUUUUUAAUUACCGUAUUUUUCGGACUAUAAGGCGCUAUUAAAAUACUUUCAUUUUCUCAAAUCGACAGUGUCUUGUGUAACUGAAUUCUGGUUGUGCUUACCGACCUCGAAGCAAUUCUAUUUGACACAUGGUGUAAUAAGUGUGACCAGUAGAUGGCAGUCACAUAAGAGAUUUGUAGCCUUUGGUAAGCUACUGAACCGCACCACUUGAUGGAUUGUCAGCGCAAUACGGCUACCGUAGUCAGACGUGCUGUGCUUCAACAUACGGGUAUUAUGGAGUGUGUGUGUGUACAUAAGGACCCCAAAAUGGCACCUAUUGGAAUACAUAUGUGGUGUUUUUGUUUUGCUUAUUAUGCAAAAUCAACUUUUAUUACAUAUUGGUACCUGCUGAUGUGUAUUUGGGAUCUGCAUAAGUCCCAAAAAUGUGUGGGCCUUCCCUAUUGUAGCCUGCGCCGUAGUCAAGCUCCUUUUUUUGCGGGGCAUGCAUCAUCCGCUGUUGCCAUUUGUAAUAUAAAAUAGUGUAUACUGUAGUUCUGACUUAUAUCUGUCAGUAGACUCGCGAUGGAAGCGCCAAAAACUACAACAAAAAAUGACGAGAAGAUGCUGUCGAAGUGGAACCAUGUAAAUAAGACCGUCCACAAAAUGGCGCAUCCUGAAAAGACGGAAAAAGCGUCUUGACGAUGGUCUUUAAAAGAUAAUAGAUGCAACAUUUUGACCAAAAAAACACCAUUACAUGUUACGUAGACCACUAGAAAGUGUUUUAAAUGUAGAAAAAUGAAUCAUA